AUCUUGGAUGUGCUGCAAGGCGACAAAUUUGUACUCGUAGCUGUGCUGAGGUAUGGAGUGAUGGAUAUGCUAUUCAGAAAUCUGUGGGCCAAGAACCUCGUACGUUGUCUUGUCGAGCCAGUCGAGACAGGGUGCCGUAGUGCGACCUGGGACGAGGGUGAGGAAUGACGGUCACGGUCUCUUUUAAGCAGACAACUCUGGAGCGCUCGGUGAUUCGGUGAUUCUCGAUGAAAAGUCUGGGAGAAGGGCUGAGCAGCGAUGCAAGGAAGGGCUCUAGCCGUAUAUGGACAUAUUUCUGCCCGUUCGCACAAGCGGGCCGUGCAGUUCGAUCGACCGGGAAAGGGGAAAGCGCACUCAAUUUACGAACAUGACGGCGUGUCUAGUCGGACCGCCGAGAAGCUGGAUGAGCUGAGGGAAGGAGAGCGCGCACUGGUGGAGUCCAAGUGUUUGCAGGGGAGAGACAAUGCGCAUACGAGGGCACAGCGAAGCGUCGACGAGUGUGAGCUCGUGCUGAUAGCGUCGCUCGCUGCGUCUUGGUCAGCGGGAAGAUGCGCAUGUAGCAGCAAGCUGUUGCAUGCGCUUUGGCCAUCUCGUCAAAGAAAGGCUAGCUAGCGCAUGCAUCCACGUCGGCGCUUGUCCAUGCGUGGGACUCUGCGUGGGACUCUGGGGUCGGGCGGG